AGACAGUUUGGUCUUCACGCAGAGGAGGACUGUUCCUGCUUCAGGUCGGUGAAAACAAAACUGGUUGUCCAGCAUUAUGAGUCAGCGGACGGAGCGACGGGGAAUACAUGUGGACCAAUCAGACCUGCUUUGCAAAAAGGGAUGUGGUUACUACGGCAACGCAGCAUGGCAAGGUCUGUGCUCCAAGUGCUGGAGGGAGGAGUACCAGCGGGUACGGCAGAAACAGAUCCAGGACGACUGGGCCUUGGCAGAAAAGUUGCAACGAGAGGAGGAGGCAGCAUAUGCCAGUAGUCAUGGAGUGCAGACUCAGUCCCACGCCCAGUCCACACCGCCACACCCAGGACACGCCUCUCUAGGACCCUUCUCCAAGUUUGAGGAGAAGAAAACCAAUGAGAAGACACGAAAGGUCACCACAGUUAAGAAGUUCUUCAGCCCUUCAUCACGCAGUGCUCCCAAGAAAGAAACCCAAGAGGGCAAGACAACCAGUCCGUCCAUAAGCCGCCACGCCAGCUUCGAAACGGACCAAGUGUCCAGGGAUUUUGUGGACUUCUUGAAAAACCUCCAGAAGCCCGGCCGGGAGAUCCAUAAGCAGUGUCGAGCCUUCAUAGUGAACAUGUCCAGCAAGAAGGAUCUCAGUGCUGAAGAACUUUCGGAGUGCGUUCAGGAUUUCUACCAGGGCAUGGCUGACCGCUUGAUGAGUCAUUUUAAAGGCUCUUCAGAUUCUGUGGAGCAAGUGAUGGACCAAGUGGAAAAGUACAUCAUGACUCGUCUGUAUAAGAGCGUGUUCUGUCCAGAAACCACUGAUGAUGAGAAGAAGGAUCUGGCCACACAGAACAGGAUAAGGGCUUUACACUGGGUGACCAUCCAGAUGCUUUGUGUUUCCAUGGAUGAAGAAAUCCCUGAAGUCUCUGAGAAUGUGGUGAAAGCAAUAACAGAUAUCAUCGAGAUGGAUUCAAAGAGGGUUCCUCGAGACAAACUUGCCUGCAUCACACGCUGCAGUAAACACAUCUUCAGUGCCAUUAGGAUCACCAAGAAUGAGCCGGCCUCCGCUGACGACUUUCUCCCUGCACUCAUUUACAUUGUGCUCAAGGCUAACCCUCCACGACUUCAGUCCAACAUCCAGUACAUCACCCGCUUCUGUAACCCCAGCAGGCUGAUGACUGGAGAGGACGGAUACUACUUCACCAAUCUGUGCUGUGCAGCUGCCUUUAUCGAGAAGUUGGAUGCUCAGUCUCUCAACCUUUCCCCGGAGGAAUUCGAGCGUUACAUGUCAGGCCAAGCUUCACCUCGACUCAACAGCUCAGAAGGUGACUGGGCCCAAACUGGCUCAGCACUCAGUGUUACUGCCACCAACCCAGUCCUGGCUCAGCUCAAUCACAAUCUGGAGCUGCUGUCGGGCCUCAGCAGCAAGCAGGAGAAGCUGAUGGAGGCUGCCCAGAGCCUGCAGGCCGACCUCCUCUCCUGGCCCGAGAGUGUGGAGCGGGAGGUGCACGACAUCCUGGAGAAAUACCCUCUGGAGAUUCUGUCUUGCACAGUUUCUGCCAUUGAUGCCAACAACGUGGACAACGACAACUUGCCACCACCCCUUACACCCCAGGUGUUUGCUGGUUAGUUUGACAUACAGCAAAGGUACUAAUGCUUUAAAAGUCAGCUCCUUGCCUGUGUUUUGAGUUUGAUGGUAACAUCCUGUAUGCACAAAUCUCAUGAAUAGUUUGAAGCCUCAUCUUGCUGUGCUUCUCCUGCACCUUAAAUGCCCAGACUGCGUCUGAAAGCACUCCCUAUUUAAUAUGUGGUGCACUAUAUUUACUGCCCACCAUUUCUUUUAUUCUGCACAGUACAGAGAAAAUAGAAGGAAACUUGGGGAGCUAUUGUCUCUAGCCCCUUUUACACUGCCUGUUCAAGGCAGGAAUGUUGCGCCUUUAUUGUGCUUGUAUAAAAGGUACAAACAGAAUGUGGCGGGUCACUUCUGUUCCGCCUUUAAGCCGGCAGUUGAAGUAGUCACAUGUGUGUAAAAGAUAGAAUGGGCAUUGUGACAGAUGCUGACAUGCUGUUGUGUUACGUCACACAUUUGAUUCCUGAACGCCGGCAUGCUAUCUAAAAUCACACACUUAGGGCAGCAUUAUGUUGGCUUUGUUGGUUCAGUGUAAACAAGUAAAGGCGGCAUAACAAGGUGUCUUCUUAAUGGCAAUAUAGCGGGAUCUCUGUGUAAAAAGGGCUACUGACUAGCACUAGCAUCUUAGCUGUUACCCACCAGCUACAGUAGUUCACCAACGAGCACGACAAGGGUGUAACUGUAUUUACUGUCUGAAAAAAAAAAAGCAAAUUAUUCUAUCUUGUAAGUGUGUUGGGUGUGAAAAAAAAUACUUGACUAAACUACCUAAAAAAUAAAGUGCAGGUGGUGUUAGCCUGUUGGAGACGCUAACAUUUACGUUAGUCCUGUAAAAGCUAUAUGAAACAGAUUCUAAUAUAAUAUAUCCGUUGGAAUAAAGCUGAAAACAUAAACCUCUUGUUAUUGACAGGUUUUGAUUUUAGUGAAUUAUGUGUGCCUAAGUUCUAGGGAUGGGCACGAGUACUCGAGUACUCACCGUUGACCUCAUUAUUCAAGUAGCGUUUCACUACUCGUGCACCUGUGCACGUGUUGUUUUUGGCUACAUUAGUUCAACUCCGAUUGUGUUACGUGUCACCAUGGCAGCAGUGACUAGGGAAAGUGAUGUCGGGAAAUACUUUGAUUAAAAAAAAAAGACAACAAUAACGUGCAGUUCAAGAUAUGUGGCGUUAAACUUGCAUAUCAUGUUCUCCGACAGCCAAACAGUAGGCUUGGUCGGGGAGGUCGGGCACGGACCUCCCAUAUUUAGUUUUUUACUGUAAAAAAAUACAUAUAUAAUUUACAAGUAAUCGAGUACUCGUUCAGAAGGUAAUGAGAGUACUCAAAUAUUGAAAUUACUGAAAAUGCCCAUCCCUACUAAAUUCAAAACAUAUUUUUUCAGUAUUUUUUAGCCUCUUCCCGCUCAGGAUAAAAAACGUAGCGGUACGGUUAUUUCAUUAACAAACACAAAAUCACCACAUACAACAAGCUAAUCUUUAAUAGCUGACAAAUGUUUAAUGGCAGCAUUGAAUCAAAUUCUGUUGUAUUAUUUUUUUUACACACUUUGCUAAUGUCAAAAUGCUAAUGGUAGCUAGUUACAAACAUCUUGUAAAAGACUGAAGAUAAAGUUAUAUGCCCAGUAGAUUUCACUCUUUGUGUGACUUUCUUGGACUUUUACUUCACUUAUAAUUCUGGUGCUAAAACAUGUUCUACAGCAAGUACUAACAUCUGUAUGUGGUGAUGUGUUUCUGUCUGAGGCCAGUUUGACUUGUCAAUAUAGUAACGUAAUCCCAUUUCUUAGCGUGUUUACUGUUUCACGUGGAGCUCUUUCAUAUGUCUGUUGUGGAGUCUGGUGAACAGUUGCAAAUGAAAUCCUGCUGUAACAAAUGUAGAAGAAACACAGAGCCACUCUGAAACAAGUCGUAUCAUUGUCAAGUAUCAAGCUAACUUCAAGAGGGCCUUCAGUUUUUAUUUUUAUUUUUUAUAAACACUAUACAUUUUAACAUCAUGCUGUGUUUUUAGAAUUUUAUUGUAUUUUGGCCGGCUUUCUGCAUAAUCACCUCUAUAAUGAAUCGUUGUUAGAAUGCAGUAGGCUUCUUAUACUACGAAUGAUGUAUUUUAAAUAUUGAUUUAGUUUGUCAUUUUGGGAUGUACUGUAUAAUAUUAAGUGUAACCACAGGCUGAUGUUGUCUGAUUGCCUGUUGAAACACUGAUGCUCUACUACUGUUUUUUUUUUGCUGUUGAUUCAUUGGCUUCAGGAUCUUUUUAGUACUAUCUUAUCAUCUAGCAGAGCAAUGACUGAACAUUUAAAAGCUUAUAAAAUUAGAUCACUGUAAUUUACCACAUUUACACAACUGCAAAGAAAACCACAGCUUCAUUUGUCAUGUGUGGGUUUAACAAAUCUAGACUAGCAUGAUAUUAGCUAUCUUAAAUUUUACUGUUAGAUUUUUUAGCUAACUUGUUUGCAUCGGACAUUGUUUUUUUAUUUUUUUUAAUCUAAAAUUAAAUGAUCUGAAAGACCAGUACACUCUUAUUUUGAAAUAAAGGCACCAUGAGUAGAGAGUCUGAACCAUGAGUAUCAAACACAUGAUUGGGAUUGAUGACUUGUCUGUUUUGUGAGUCAUUUUUAAAGAUUUAUGUCUUCCAUAGAAACCAGUGAGCUAAGUUGGAGCUGUGUCAGGGUAGACAGGGUAAUAACAUUCUUGGUUUUGGUCUUUUCAUGAGAUUGUUGACAGUAAGAAAAUCCAGAAUAACACAAGCCUGUUCCUUCAAACGUAUUCAGAAAAUGUGAAAUAAAACGCUUCCAAAAUCUCAA